AGAGUGUGAGAGUGUGAGGGGGAAAAAAGAAAGAAAGAUUGGGAGAGAGACCGGAUGAGAAGAGGAGCGGAGCAGAGAGUGAGAGAAUGGGGAGGGAAAAAGGGAAGCCAAUGACAAUAGAGAGAUUGAAGGACAGAGACAGAGACCAAUGAGAAUCGGAUGACUUCAUGGCUGAGAUGUGUGGCUUUGUGUGGAUGCCGUGAAACUCGUACUCUAUAGUAUCUAGAGUCUCCGUUUGAGUGAGGUGCAGUUCUCACAGAGCUGUUCUGUCGUUCAUUACCACACAUAGCUGGGGCUUAGGCUUGCCUGUCUUCUAGCUGUAAUAAAUUGUAUCUUUUUGACAUAACUGCUUGGGAUUUUUUCCCCAAAUUACAUCGCCAAGGGCAUUUGUUUCAGUGACUGGGAUUAAAUCAUACUCCCUAUUUUUAGAACAUUGAGGAGACAGAUAAAUUCAUGUUUACAGAUGCUAAUCCACACAAAGAACACAUAUGUCAGAAUAUUGCCGCCAGGUUAAAAAAAAAAAAAAAAAGGCAUCCUAUGCAAUGCCAUAGAUAACAAAAUAUUAAUUUUCAGCAGAUCCACAGAUAUUAUUGAGUGUGUCCAGAUUUAAUCUUCAUUUUAUUUUUCACGUAAUCUGCACCUUCUGAUUGUCUGGUUGGCUUGAUUACAGUAAAAUACUCUAUGGUAUUUUUUUUUUCCUGUCAAGAGUCACAUGUGUGGAAGCUGGAAUGAUAGACUUUUAAGUAUUGAUUUUCUAGCAUUCAUCAUUUUCUGUCCAGGAGGAUAAGGUUGUGUGGGAGGGAGCACCUUGGCUUGUCAGGCUUCCUCUCUGUAUCUCUCUCUCGUUUUUAUUUAUCUUUCUCUCACAUUCUGUCUCUCCCAUGCCUAUCUCUCUCUCUCUCUCUCUCUCUCUCUCUCUCUCUCUCCCCUCUCUCCGUAGCCAGGGAGGAUGCUUGAAGAUAAAUUUAGCCCUCCAACUCUCCUUCCAUCUGCUACUGUAUGGUUUUGGGCCGUUACCAUAGGAACCACCGCUGGGCACCCAUUAGUGUAAGAGAAGGAAAUUGACGAGAUUUUUAAAAAGGCAUUCAAAACAUUUUUUUUGUUGUUGCUGGCAUGAUGUGUCAGUGGGAAAUGAAGUGCCAUAACCCAGUUCUGUUUCUGCUCGCCUCUUCUCUCCCUUCUCGCUGGAUUUUGGCCACAGAUUUGUGCUUUGUUCAGGUUCAGGUUUGUUCAGAAUACUGGCCACAAUUGAGAUGCUUGUUGUUUGUUAAAUUAGUCUAUUUUUAUGUUUUCUCUGUCCAGUUUCUAUUUCCUAAUGAAACUGCUAUUUUUUAAGACAGAGAACAAUAGUUGCCUUUUAAACCUAUGCAGUAUUUUCCCAAGAAAUCAAAAUGCCAUACUUGAAUCUGACUUCCUCUCUGACUUUUGCGCAGUAGCACACAUUUCACAUUUUCAUUUUUAUUUCUUUUUCUUUUGGUGCCAAAAGCUCUGCCUUCAUCUCGGCACCAUCCGUCCACUCAGAAUAAGAGUUGACCUUGUGGCUUCCCCAGCCGCUCUCCUGGAUGGUGAGCAGGGCUUGGGUGGUGUUUUCACUUCCUGAUCCAGCCCUCGUGCGAAGCGUGGAUUCUAGAACCCGCUCCUGUCCUCGACUCUACCAGUCCCAGGCAGCUGUGCAAACAGCCCAGCCUCUCAAAGACAUAAAUCCCCGUCUAAUGGCCGUAAAUGCAAAGCAAAUAUAGACCUGUUGUAUAGGUGGGCACAGAGAGCGUUCUGUCCUCCUGCUCUCACGUGGCUUCACGAGGUGCCGGGGAACCCAACCUCGCCUCCCGUCUAGCCGUCCAGCGGUGGCUUUGGAGCAUGUGUCUGUGUGUGUGUGUGUGUGUGUGUGUGUGUGUGUGUGUUUCAGUGUGUGUCUGUAAUCUAAACUCAGUGGCAUUGCCACCGGUCAAAGUGUGUGUGUGUGUGUGUGUGUGUAUGUCUGUGUGUGUGUGUCUGUGUCUGAGUGUGUUUUAUACAUCUUCUCCUUACACCAGUCCAGGAUCUCUCCUUUCGUACGUCUGAAAAAGAGAUCCCGGUCCACCUACAGUACCUCCCUGACCUACAUACUCUCCCCACCACUGCAUUCCUCUAUCGCAGACGGACACCGGCCAGAGUUGUUCGACCGCGGCCGGUGGCGGCAGAAUAAUCCCUCUCCUCACCUUUUUUUACACCAAAGGUUGUUUUUUUGGGGGCGAUGAACAUUGUACAUUUCUUAACCCCCCACCCCUCCUGUACACACACACACACACACACACACACACACACACACACACACACACACACACACACAUCCAUACUGUAUAUGCAGACAACGUGGGUGAGGGUUGGAGUCUCUCUCGUCUCGUCUCGUCUCAUGUCAGCCCCACCAAAACCACUACCUUUACUUUAAUCAAGCCUCUGGCAGCCACACAGAGGAAAUCGGCUAGGCAGUCAUUUGAAAUGUAAUACCAUGACUGUGAAAGACAUUUCUUUGCCUUCGCCGGCUUCCUAUGCACCAGCUGUGUGCUUCCUCCUCCUUAUUGUGCAAGUCGUGCUUCAGACACGUCCUGUUGGAAGCACAGGCAGACAGGCACGGAGAGUGUGGAGAAAUCUGGGCAUACGUACGUACGCCCACCGAGACCUCCGUGCCCCUCCCGCCCGUCCUCAGCAGAGCGUGGGCAUCGAUGCCAGCUGGUCCUGGAGCGCGAGGCCUGUGCUGUCCUGUUUGUGUGAUGGACCACAGAGACGGAGAAAAAUAGCUUGCCCAUUUGUUUGGAUUAAGCAGACCUGCUGUCAUUGAUGGUCUUGAUAUGAAAUCAGACAUAUUUCGUUUUCUUUCAUCAUUUCAAUGAACCCUGAAUCAAACUGUUGUUUAUUGAAUACAUUUAGAAAUACUUAGGAUCUACUUACAUUCAGUGGGUUUAUUACUGAGAAGGCAUACGUUAUAAUCCAUUCAAUUUACCUUGGAGACUUAGCCACACAAAGCCAUGUUCCUUGCCCUAGGCACCAACCUAGCAACUGAACUAUCUUUAUGUAGUAUGUAGUAGGUAUUAUGUUUUUCUUUUUCUUUUCUUUUAUGGUAAUUAUUUAAUAUUGUCUUCAUUUCCUCUGUUCUCAGGCAUUUAAGCACUAAUUUCUGAGUGUUAAUAUUUGUCCAUUGUGGCUGAGUAAUAUUUAGGGUUGUGUGGUGCUGCUUUCAAGUUAUGUUUACUAUUGUACAAUACUGACAUUUAAAAUCAGCUUGCUUACAAAAAAAGCUGCUUCAGAGCGUUUGUAUUUAUAGAUGUAAAUAAAGGUCCCACUGAAAGUAGGAUUGGUUGAAAUUGAAAUUAAAUACCUGUGGGAUUGUAAUUACAUUUUAAAUGUCAGUUCAAUUAAUUAGGAUGAUAUAUGCGUAAUGGAUAUAACAGGUUUAAUAUUUAAUCUUAAUUGACUCUCUUAAUUGUUGUUUCUUACCAAAUUUGAUACAUCUCAUCAAACUAAAUCAAUAAAUCAAACGAAACUAAAAUAAAUUUGUUUUAGUCUUCAACUUUUUUCUGUAGGUCUAGUAUGCAUGCCUGACCUGGAUGUCUGAAACUGAUGGCUAUUUUAAAUACAUUAGACCAGUCAGGAUAAAAGUAAAGCGUCACUUGUGUGGCUAUACUGUCUGCCUAAAUAUUAGCCUACAGGGAACCCUGAGAAGGAGUUUGGCAGAUUUAGAUGUAUGAAAGGGGCUGUGAAAUGUUACUGAAGCGUACAGUCGGACAGUUUGGAAACCGGUGGUUCGCCCUAUUAAUUACGACCCCACAGGUUCAACUUAGCAGCCUGUAGGGUUUUUAAAUUAACCUCACAGGAGUGGCGUUGUUUGGCCAGUGGCCUCUUUGAUGGGCAGGCUGUGGUUUGAGUUUAAACGCAGAUGUCAAAUCAUCCCAUAAACUUGUAACCGUAAAGGUAAAGUCCACAAAAUAAAGACGUGCUGUGUGUACAUAGAGGGCUAUACUCAGCUGAAUUAAAUAUACCAUUUACCAGUGUGCAUGUGUGCCCUACCAUGUUCAGAGGCUGCUGUGGACAACAAAUAAUGGUCAUUAACUCUUUAUCUGUUUUUGUCUUUCUUUAACAGAACUUCUGAGGUGGUCCCUGAAGCCUCUUUAUCCUGAAUACAGAAAAUGAACACUGUCUUUUUCCAGAGAUGAUAAGACACAUUUGUGAUGUUUUGGAUGUGAUCUGUGGAUAUCUGACGGUAUUUAUUUUCUUUUGUGGAAUGAAGACAAUGACUAGAGAAGACCAGUGCAAAAUGAACAGCUUGACGAUUCUAUUAGAGACUUUUUAAAGUCCAUCUGUAUGAUAAUAUCCUGUCCGUGUGUGUGGUCUGGGAAAGCCACACGAACCUGAGGUCAGUAGUCGAGGCUGUAGCCCCGUUUUAUGGAGGCCUUGCAUAACCAGCUUAAUGCUGGGGAGACGUCCGGAGGUGAAGAUCAGCCUCAGAGUACAUCUCCCUCAGUAGGCUGCUCCUCUCAGCCCUCAGCCUCCCAAGAAAGCAAGCCAGCACAGGACGCAGACUCUGAGCCCCAUCGCCAUGGAGCCCCAUCCAAACCCCCUAGACGUCAGCAUCUGGAGAGGAAACGCCUGCGGCUCCAGAGGAGACAAGCUCAGGACGUGGGCUCUCUUAAGGAUGAUAAGCUCGCAGGGACGGCGAACGACGCCGGGCCGUUACCAGGCAACGAGUGCGGGGGUUCCGUCCAGGUGUCAAAGGAAGACUCCACGGGUGCUCCCAUUCCUUCUUCGAGCAGUUCGGCUCCAUCUCUCGGUACGGAGGAGGCACAGGAAGGCAUGCCAAAGCAGAAACGCGAGCGCAAACCGCAGAAGCCCGGGAAGUAUGUGUGCAGCUACUGCGGUCGAGCUUGCGCCAAGCCUAGCGUGCUCCAGAAGCACAUUCGCUCCCACACCGGGGAGAGACCUUACCCUUGUGCCCCUUGCGGCUUCUCGUUCAAGACCAAGAGCAACCUGUACAAGCACCGCAAAUCACACACUCACAGGGUCAAAGCUGGGCUGGCUCCAGCAAGCAAAGACGAACCAGCCAUAAGCGGCCAAGAAGAACCCUUGACUGAUUCAGAGGAUGAGUCUAACCAGCCGCCGUCAACCAGCUCAGCAAAGAAACAGGAAACGCUUGCACCGCAAGCAUCGUACGGUGCUGAGUUACGUUCUACUGAGCAAUCCCAGGGGCUUGGAGACUCCCAUGCUGUUAAAAAGAGACUUGCGAUGAGACUGAGCAAAACCAAGCAAGCUCCACCAACGGGCUCAUCAGAUGACGUUUCCUCUUCGCUGGUUUUGGGAAGUCGUGGGAGCACUGAGUCGGGCUACUUCUCUCGUUCAGAGAGCACGGAGCAGUCUCAAGACAGCCCUCCAAACUCCAGCGCUAAAAGCUACGCUGAAAUCAUCCUUGGCAAGUACGGGCGCCUUGGACAUCUGCAGAGGGCUUCCCGUAACCAGCAGCAACAGUCUGGCGGACAAGACGGCAUCCCUUUCACGCUUCCCAAAAAGCAGGUCAUUGACCAUAUCACAAAGCUCAUCACCAUCAACGAGGCUGUGGUAGACACCAGUAAGAUUGACAGUGUCAAGCCUAGACGCUUCUCCCUGUCUAGGCGAAGCAGUACAGAGUCAGCCAAGGCCUCUGCUCUUAAAGAACCCCUUGUGCAGUGCCCUAAAGUGACUGAGGCUUGUUCCAAGGCCAGUGGGUCUAUUACUCUUGGUGUUCCGUGUCAGAAAUUCCAGCAACAGAGCCUAAAUAUAGAACAGUCCUCCAGCCAAGCCUCUGCAGCACCACUUUUGAGGAGUCUUUCAGUCCCCUCUGCCUCUCCUGCUAGCACAAGCGAUGCUCCCCGGCACCUGAGGCUCAGCCAAUCAUUUGACGAGCAGCCGCCUACCCAGACGAAUCGGCGCCAUGCCUUGCUUCGCCGCCAACCAGCGAUUGAGCUGCCCAUUGGCUGUGAUUUUACCCCUGAAAAGUCAGCCAUGACAUCCUCUGUGCCAUACCACCAAGACAUGCUUAGCUUGCCUCAUCAAAAACCAAGGCCCCUUCAACCGUACGAGUGUGAAGAGUGUGGCACUGGCUGCAAAGAUUGGGAGAGUUACAAGACGCACAGACGGCAAACGUGCAACAUGCACCAACAGCAGAAAAUGGAGGCAGUUUCUGAACAGGUGGAGAAUCCUACAAGGAUGCACUUCAUGAGCAGGCCAGGGGCUUUAGUAAUGAGAAAGAGAAGAAAAGAGGACAGUCUCGAACUUGAUGAUCCCUGUUCCUCAAUGGCCUCGUCCUCUGCAUCUGGGACAAGCCCUGGAAUUGAAGGAGACCUGACCAACAAGGCUUAUGAAGGACCUAAUGUAGGAAACAUUGGAUUAAUGCUGGAGAAAGACCCUGAGAGACCUUUGAAGGGGAUAUCAGUGAUCCAACAUACAAGUUCAUUUGAGAAGCAAGAGGGUAAUCUGUUUGUGAAAAGUAAAGUAAAAGAUGAAUUAGAUAAAUGUGCCUCCUUUGAGAUGCACUAUUCACCAUUAACUCAGUCAUCAGAGCAGCAGUCAUCAAAACCAAGCUCUCGGAAGUUAAUGCGCCAGCAUAAUGUCCUAGUGCCAGAGAUCCUAGUCACAGAGGAUACAAACGCCACGCCAAUGUCCCUGUCUGCGACUGUUUCCAUAGCCAAAGAGGCUGAGAGGACAGACGAGUUCCAGUGGCCCCAAAGAAGCUCAACACUGGCCCAGCUUCCCAUUGAGAAGCUGCCCCCGAAAAAGAAGCGUCUUCGGUUGGCAGAAGCUGCCCAGUCCUCUGGGGAGUCCAGCUUUGAAUCUCUGUCCCUGCCUCCUCGCAGUCCAGGUCAAGACAGCAACGUGUCACACAUGUCUAGCUGUUCUGUAUCAUUUGAGGACUCGGGAAAACUGACUAACGUGGAGAUGACUUCUGGUCGGAGAUCCAGGGCAACUCACACAUUAGCCGUUCCUGCUAGUUCUCACCACCACCAUCCCCACAGGGAGAUGAGGCGCUCGGCUUCGGAGCAAGCACCACAUGUUCCGCAGCAGUGCACCCCGAUUUCGGAAGUCCGUAGCAAGUCCUUUGACUACAGUUCCCUGUCUCCUGAUCGCACUCCAGCUGGCUGGAAGGAAAGGCGCAAAUGCCUCCUCUUGAAGCACACUACAGUGCGGGAUCCAGACGACGAGGAACCACCCAGCCAGCAAACAUCAAGUGUUAGCAUGCCAAGUGUUAGCAUGUUAGCAAGUUUUUGCACGGCUAGUGUUCCAUCCAGCUCCCGCAUGAAGUUAAGUCCGGGACCUUCUGAGCCCCCGUGCACCCCCACAUCCUAUAACACAUCUCCUGUUCACACUCAUUGCCAAGAAUCACCAGCGCUAUGGCAACAAGAUCCACCUCACCAGCUACGCAACUCGCCAGAGGUGGCACUAAAUCAGUGCUCAUCAGAUCACAAAGUGCAGCAAACAGCACCUGUUGUUUACAUGGGACUAGAAGGCAUUCAGCUUGGCUCUGCCCAUGUCACCCAGGGCCCCUCUGGUGCAGCACGAGCCCACUACUCUCCUGGGUCCUCACGUCUCAAGCUGGAGAUACCCACCAGGGACCCAGUUGAGGAGUCGGAGCCGAGAGUAGCAAUCUCGUCCCAGGUGCCUGCCCGCCCAUUCCAACACCAGCGUGUUUACUUCACCAUCACCCCCGAUGCUGAGCCACUGAGACCUGCGGAGAUGCAGACGGUGGCAGUUCGAGUCCAGGGGGACAUCCCAGCCCACGCCAGUGCCAUUUACACCACGCACUCUCAUCAUGCAGUUACUAAACCUCAGGAGCUUAGUUCAAGUGCAAACCGAAAUGUGACCUUAGAUGUGACGACUGUCCCAUCAGUGAGUUUAGACCACAGUAGCCCACUGACCGUGACCCCUGAUACCAAGUUGCAGGGAUGUAGGUCAGUAGGUUCCGGAGGAAACAAACGGAUGCUGUCUCCGUCAAAUAGCCUAGAGCUCGGGCCCGAAAUGCGACAGCAGCAGAAACGAGUGAAAGAGGAAGACAAGAAGGAAGAAGAAGAACAGGACAACACCAAAGAGGGUGGCGAUGGGCAACUUUCAAACCGGGUUAAAGCCGAGCAAGCAAUAGCAGAGUCAGCCGGCAGUCACAGAAGCACCCAGAGCCUUUCCUCUCCCAGCGCCACCACCAACAGCAACAACAACAACAACAAACAGAAGCCUAUGCCUACAUUUCACGCGGAGCCCGAGUACAGCUGGUGCUAUCUCAACUACGCCAAGCCGAGCCCGUCCCCUCAGAACGACCACCAGGCCUCGGUGUACUCCUCCUGGUCCACCAGUGCCUACAACCCCAACCCUCCAGGGCUCAGCAGCAAGGAGGUCCUAGCGCAGCUCCACUGCAAGCAGGGGCACUCCUCCUCCGUCACCUACACCAUGGCCCCCAUGUCACCCCCAGCGGAGGAGAAGGAGAAGGGGAAGAAGAAGGACAAGGAAGGACCGGUGGCAGACCCUGGGAAGCCAAGCGUGUCUGAGGUCCACACCACUCAGCACAAAUGUCCCACUGAGGAAAGGGCAGUCUGGUCAACAGAGGACGUGAAGAAAGAGGAGGGUGAAGAGGAGGAGGAGGAGGAGAGGAAAAGGGAGAGAACAGUAGCCUCUAAACACACUGAGCCUCCUCGUGUUUGGAUUUGUGAAGGAGGGUAUAGGUCGAAUGAGGAGUAUGUGUAUGUGCGCGGGCGUGGGAGGGGCAGGUACGUGUGUGAGGAGUGUGGCAUUCGCUGUAAGAAGCCCAGCACGCUUCGCAAACACAUCCGACUGCACACCGACCAGCGGCCCUUCAUCUGCCAGCAUUGCAACUUUGCUUUCAAAACCAAAGGGAACCUCACCAAACACAUGAAGUCAAAGGCCCAUGGGAAGAAGUGCCAUGAAGAAAGUGUGCCCAAUACAUCUGAUGAGCUGGAGACAGGGGAAGAAGGUGGCAGUGAUGGUUGCCCAGUCAGGACAGAGGCACUUGAGGAACACCAGUUCUCUGAUGCUGAGGACACGGAGGGAGAAGAUGAGGAUGAGGAAGAUGAUGACAAUGAUGAUGAUGAUGAUGAUGAUGAUGAUGAUGGAACCGAUGAAGACUACGAAGAUGCAGAGGACCAGCCAAAAAAGGGUCCCCCAGAUGUGCAUCAUGGAGAACUCAUCACUGCCCACUUGGCAUCAUCAGCAUCAUCACCCACCCGGGCUGGAGAUGCCACCCAGACGGACGCCGGUCCCUCCGAACCCCCGCGGGAGCGGCAUCCUUUACCCAGCAUGCACUCCUCCCUGACGGGCGCGGUGACGGUCACGGUCCCGCGGCCACACCCGGAGCCCCACGGUGGCAGCUGCUCGUCCCCCAUCCUCAGCCUCUCCCCGGGCCGCUGCGUGUCCCCAGCCCUGCCCCAGUCGCUCUGCCCGUCCUCCUGCUGCUCCCCCAGCCCCUCUCCCUAUCCACAGCUCUCCCCCUAUCAGCGGCGCCUCUCGCCCUCUCCAUCGGGCCAGGUGUCUCCAGGCAGGUGUCCACCGUCGCCCUCUGGAUGCCAGCGGUCCCCUGGCAGGGACUCGGCAGCUCUCGUUCCCCAGUCGGCCUGCAGCUCCGCUGGGUGUCCAGGCUCCGGUCCCACCUCCCCCACCUCCAUCUCUGGGUCCUUCUCUCCACACAGGACACCCAAGCCAAGAUACCAAGCAGCCCCUGGCGGGAUGAGCUGUAUGGCCGCGCAGGAGAGGUGUUGUCCCCAGGAGGAAGUGAUGCACCUGCCACCAUCCCAACUCUCUGUCCUCCGCAACCAGCACCGCCACCACCACCGCCACCACCACCACCACCACCACCACCACCACCCAGCCCGGACAGCCACCACCAUCUCGGCCGCUGCUCUGCCCAGCGAGGGCUGCUGCCUCCUCAGCCACCUGCCCCUCCACUCCCAGCCUCCGGCCCGGAGCCCCAGCCUGCUCAUCCCCAUCGGCGGGAUCCACAUGGUGCAGGCCAGGGGCAGCUACCAGCGCCCAGGCCCAGCCGUGAGCCCCGCUCUGGGCCGCGCGGGAGCCGAGGAGCCCCCAUCACGCUGGAGCCCCAGAACGACGAUGGCACCAGCGGCAGCAGUGGGGCGGCCGGCUCCGAGAGGCGCUGGACCCAGACACGGCCAGCUGUGCAGCUCAGCCAAUCACAGGAGCCCAGAGGCUGAGGAACCCACCGCCGGCCAAUCAGAACUGCCGUUGUUGAACAGGGAAGGAAGGCCUGACGUGUGUGUGAAGAGUCGGGAGGACACAACGCUCCAGGGAGAGGAGAGCUCGACGCAAACGCCCAGUUGUGUGUCUAGGCCUCAGCACACACACUCACACACACACACACACACAAACACACAAACACACGCUGUCCCAGACAAGCACCUUAACUGCACAUAUUAACACAGAGAUAGGGAUUAAGGAUGGCAAUCCACAGACUAAAGAAACUAAAAAAUCAAAUCAACCUGUAAACACUGCUUCUCUGCCCUAGAGAAUGUACUAAGACUUCUGCAGAGGCCGAGGACAAGUGCAAAUGGAAGGACCUUAUUCCAGUUCCCCGCUCCUACAGCAGCACUUACAGCAGCUUGUCUCUCUAUGUGUGUUAUAUACCUGCUGUACAUACAUCUAUACGUUAUAUGAAUAUACUUCUAUGUUUUUAUAUGGAUUUUAUAUGGUAUACUACAUGUACAUGCAUAAUGUAAUUGCUGCACAUGUGUUUGUACCUCUUUGCUAUUUCUCACUUUCAGUCGCUGGAACAAUAUAA